AUGGCUUCCGACACACGAGAGCGCCAGCGCCGCCGAAAGAUCGUGUUGGCCUGUGAGCCGUGCCGCGAGCGCAAGACACGCUGCGACGGCCGCAAGCCCAUCUGCUCGUCAUGCGAGCACCGCUCUCUCGGCCUAGAGAAAUGCAUUUAUACGGUUGGCAAUGCGCGCACUGCGAGCAGCGACGACUACACAAAGGCCCUGCAUGAGCGCAUCCGCCACCUAGAACAUGCUUGUGCUCUGUAUGGAAUUGAGGUCAAUUCCGCCGGGCGAGUGAGCUUGCUGUCCAACAGCCGGCUGCGGCCGCCCAUGUCGGCCUCGUCCUCGACGGCUACCAGCCCGGUGAUGCUGUCGGGCGGCCGGCGUGGCGGUGUUGCGGACCAGCAGCCGUCUGUUACGCCACCCAAUGUAUCCGCAACAGGGAAAUCGGGCACCUCUGACAUGACGUCUCCAGAGCAAAUGGAUCCGGAGGAUGCCACAGGUGUAACGGCUAUGGGCACUGUGCUGUCUGAAGAAGACCUGGAAGGCGAGGGCGCCAUUGAUUCCUUUUACGGCCGGUCAUCGGCGGCUUCGUUCCUCAAAGAAGCAGCCAGCGCGUUACCGCAGAGACAAAAUUGGAGUGGCGCAAGUACAGGUUCGGGGACCAGUACCACCGCCGCCACCACGUCGCAGUCUAGCUUCUUUGCAGGUCGCGGCCCCACAUCAGCCCCGUCGCCAGUCCGGCCACUGCCGCAUCAGCCCCCGCCUCCUCCGCCAGUCAUGGCGCCGCCGACGCUCAGCUUCACUGAUGUUGACCGGUUCACCUUGCCUCCUCGUGCCCUCGGUGACCACUUGAUCCAGCGCUUCUUCAGCCGCAUAUUUUACCAGUAUCCCUUCUUCGACCGCGAAGCCUUUGAGCACGCAUACCAGAGACUGUGGCAGGUCGAUGACCCGGCAACACGUCCCCAAAUUGCUGCGCAGCAACAGAAAUUCGACGGACUGGGUCUGGGCAGCAGCGAGGCCGGUCCCGACAGUAUCAUAUUCCACUGCGCUCUCAACGCCAUCUUUGCUCUCGGCUGCUGUUUCUCGGACCUGCCGCCGGCCGAGCGCGCCGCCGCCAUCGACGUCUUUGGAAACCGCUCCAAGACCUUUGUCGGACUUGAACUCAUCAACUACAACAAUCUCGGCGUGGUCCAAGCCAUGCUGGUCAUCUCUCUCGUCUUACAAGGCACACAGGGGAUACCCCAACCGCUGCUGGAUCGCCGUCGGCAUGGCCUGCCGCGUGGCCCAGGGUAUUGGUCUGCACACGGAGGAGACCAGUCCGAGCCGGCGGUUGCGUGUCUCGUGAGCAUGACCUUUGGUCGGCCUCCCAUGGCGUCUAGUUUGUCGAUUGCACCGGAGAUGUUGAAUAAGACCCCAGAUUCUGCUAGCCCAGAAUCGCUCAGGCUAGCUUUCUAUUACGAAGGCGUCAAACUCAGUGUAAUUCUCGAAGACAUCCUGCAGCGCAUCUACAAGCCAUGGCUGACACGGGACGCCAAUAACACAAACCACAACGGAAACACCACUAGUACAUCUAGUAUAUCGUCCAACAAUGCCCUACAGACCCACCACAACCUCGAUACUGUGGUCGAAAUUCAGGGCCGUCUCGAUCAAUUUGAGCAAUCGGUCACGCCGUUUCUCUCGUGGACGGCACAUGCCGACAUGCCGGGCGACGUGUCCGAAGAAGAUCGCCUCAUUAUGGGCAUUAGUCAGAAUGUCCUCCAUGCCCGGUUCAUCUACUUGCAGCUGAUUCUCUACCGGCCCAUCUUGUCCCAGCUUGCCAACUCAGACGCAAGCCCGACUACAUCGAGUGGCGCAAACUCGUCUGGUCAGUCCUUGUUGACCCGUGAUGGCCUUCGCUAUUCCUUUGCCAUUGAAUGUGGGAAGUCUUGCGUCGAGGCAGCCAAGCGCCUUAUCGUCUUGGUGCAUAGUGUUUACCGGACGGAGACGACUGAUAUCUGGUGGUGGAAUGGCCUAUACGCAUGUGCUGCUGGCCUAGUCCUUAUUGUUGCUCGGUCGUGUCCCGACCUCUGGCAAUCACUCGAUCGUGAUGAAAUUGCGGCUCUUUGGGACAAGUCCCAUUCUAUUCUGCAAGAUCAGGCACUCUACAGUGCCUCUGCACGCAAGUCACUCGACCUCCUGCUCAAGGUCAACGAGCAUGCCCUCCUCAGACAGGCCGCCGGUGAGAAUGACAUCUUGGCUGCCAAUACGUCCAGUGGCAAUGGUUUUGCUAGCGAUGGCGGUGUAGGGGCAGCAGGACGAGAAGGAGGAGGACAUAGAGAUGGCAACAAUAACAACAACAACGGCAACAGCGGAAACAUGGGCAGCAAUAGCGGCCUUGCAGCGCAGUUCCUUGCGGGCACGACAGGCGACGGCCUGGCUGCAGCAGGAGGAAGCAACAUGCAGCCGGGCCAGUUCGACUUCCUGGCCCAGAUGGCCGACCCCAAUGCGCCAACCCUGCUUGAGGAUACCUACGCAAUGGGUCCGUUGUUUGCCUGGGACCAGAAUAUCGAUUUUACUAAUUUGCUACCCUGA